GUGAUGACGUCAUCAGACCGUCAUCAUCAAGCAAGUGAACAACGUCAACGAAGUCCGAGAACUAAAUACAAUUUGAUCAAGAUAGGGGUUCCGUACGAGGUGUGUCACCAUGUUUUCUCUUCUCUAUGGGUUAUGGCAGUUCAUGUUCAGACGAGAUGAGUUCUUUAUUCUCAUCCUUGGUUUAGACAACGCUGGUAAAACGACCUUCUUAGAACAAGCACAGAUGCAAUUUGUGAGGGGAUACAAGGCUAAGGCACUGGACAAAAUUACUACCACUGUUGGCCUAAAUAUUGGAAAGAUUGAUACCUCAUCAAUUCGGUUGAUGUUCUGGGACCUCGGUGGGCAAGAGGAGCUGCAGGCAUUGUGGGAUAAGUAUUAUGCUGAAUCUCAUGGAUUGAUCUAUGUAGUAGAUUCCUCAGACCCUGGUAGGUUAGAAGAAUCAAGAAUAGCUUUUGAGCAGAUGUUAGAAAGUGAAGCAUUGAUGGGAGUACCUCUUCUUGUCUUAUCAAACAAACAAGAUGUCGAGGGUCAUCUUCCGGCAGAAGAAGUGAAGAAAGAAUUCAACAAGACAGCGAAGCUGAUGGGUCACAGAGCGUGUCGGUUACAACCAGUAUCUGCAUUAACUGGAGAAGGAGUUCAUGAAGGUAUUGCAUGGCUUGUAGAUAGUGUCAAACACAACGCACCAUGGAGACCGCCUAGGGAAGCAGAAAUUCAUUGAAUACCUGGGAACCAUCCAAAUACCAAGGAUUUAAUGUCAACAGCGCCCCCUUCUGGCAUAUCACAGCCAAUCAUUCAUCUCCCCAUCUACAUGUUUAUAAAGGAGGCUUCACAUAAAUAAAUCGAUUUGGGCUUUUGAAAGAAAUUUGCUAGUAAUCGCAUUUCACUUUUAUAUCCUCAAAUGAUGCAAUUAUUGCAAGUUAUUGCAAAGCCAUCAUACAACUCCAGACCAGGCACAAGCCUAGCAUUU